AUUUUCACAUUAUUGUAUUAAGUUUAUCAUAUUUUCAACCAAACAAAAGCAAUGCACUAUAUCACAAGAUAAAGUAAAUAAAAAAGUUACAUUCACAGAAACAUUAAAAGGGACAGGAGCUCUCAAUCUAUGAAUACAAAAUUUCUACCAAAAACUGUUAGAUUUAGAUAAAAUAUUUAGUGGAAAAAUAAAAUAAAGUAUUUUUUUGUUAUACAAUAUUAACGCUAAACAAAUUUUUAAAUGUUUUCAAUUAUUAUUAUAACAUAAGAAAGUCUAUAUUUAUGAAAGAUUUUUGACGUACCUUCCCUCAUUGUGAAUGUGCUUUGAACAGCUGAUUGCAAUGUUUUGAUGUUUCUUAUUUUCAUGCAUUCGUAAUUAGUUUUUGUAAAUCCGUAUUUAAGUUAGGUUAAAGAUUUUGUUAAUAUUUUUACUAAACCAGAAAUUUAAAUCGAUUUUAAAAAUAAAAAAUUUAAUUCAGUAUGGUUGAUCCUAAUCGUAAAAUCAAUCGGCUGACAGAUAAGGAUAUACAAUUUUUGGAUGAAUGUCAGGAGGAAUUUGCAAAUCGUUUUACUGAUGAAGAUGUAGAAUUUGCGAAUCACUGCUCCAAACCACUGGGAGAUCCGCCGAUAGUUGAAAACUGGGGAUAUUCAGGUGCCGGUAACAAUUAUCGCGGUGGUGGACAACGCAAUAACUAUGGAGGUGGCAAUCGGUACAACCGUGGUGGAUGGAAUAAUCGCAAACGGGAUCGCGGUGAACGAGAAUAUCGAGGAGGCAGUGGGCCAUACCAAAGACAUAACAAUAGACGACACAAUGAUAAGCCCUAUGAUAGAAACUUUCGUGGUGGCAGUGAACGUGAACGGGAUGAACGUGAAAGGGAUGAACGUCCUCACCAACCAAUGAAUAUACGACGAGACUAUGGAAACUUUGUUCCAGCGUCAAAAGAUUAGUAAUUAAAGGAAUAUGUGGUGCAAGAUUAGGUUUAUUCAAGGCUAUUUCUUUCAAAUUGAUGACAUUUUUUCUUUCAUUCGUCUUAUUAUGAACAAAUAAAUAAUUGCAUGUUAAUUAUAUUA